UAAUGGUUUUUUUUAUUAUCGGUUUAGGACUUGGUGAUCAUUUAGAUAUUACUGUUAAAGGAUUAGAAGUAGAUUAUAAAUAUUAAUUAGGCUGUAAAAACAUGCAAGGAGAUUUAUUUAGAAAGUUACACAUCUAUUCUAGGAAUUAAUAGGUAAAAACUAUAAGAAUUUUAUGGAAAAGAAGUUAUUGAAGCAGAUAGAGAGUGUUGUGAAACUGGAAUAGAUUAAAUACUUGAAAAUGUUUGUGCAGAUCCUUAAAAUAAUUAUGCAUUUUUAGUUGUAGGAGAUCCUUUUUGUGCUACUACACAUACAGAUCUCUUUUUAAGAGCAGUAAAAUUAGGAAUAAAAGUAGAAGUGAUUCAUAAUGCAUCUAUAAUUAAUGCUAUUGGUUGCACAGGUUUAUAAGUUUAUAGAUUUGGAGAAACAGUAUCUGUACCAUUUUUUACUCAGAAAUGGAAACCUUAUAGUUUUUAUCCAAAAAUCAAGGCAAAUUUAGAUCAUAAUUUACAUACUUUAGUUCUUUUGGAUAUAAAAGUAAAGGAAAUUUCAGAAGAAAAUUUAGCAAGAGGCAAAAAAAUCUAUGAAGCUCCUAGAUUCAUGAGUACUAUAGUAGCAGUUUAAUAAAUAAUUGAAUCUGAUAAAGAAUUGGGUUUAAAUGCAAUAGAUGAAAAGACUAAAUGUUUUGGAGUUGCAAGAAUUGGAUUUGAAACAUAAAAAGUAAUAUUUAAUUAUUAUAUUGAGAUUGUUUCUGGAUAUUUACAUGAAUUUUUAGAUAUAGAUAUGGGUGCACCUUUACAUUCAUUUGUAAUAUGUGCUAAAGAAUUACCUUUAAUAGAAGAAGAAAUGUUCUAGUUUUAUAGAAACAAUUAACAAAAAAUAGAUUGA